UAUAUUAUUACCAGACUUGGAAGAGAUUAGUGUGAUUAUGCAAAACCCAUGACUGUGUUGGUAUCUGUCCUGUCUUGCAGUAUAUUCUGUGCUCACUGAGUGGGAGGGUCACACUGUGUGAGACUAAUAAGGACAGAGCUGCAUCCCACUCUUUGGAGACUCGCUCCAGCAACUCCUCAGCACUACAGCAGUUUUGUACAGACAUUUACUGUGUUUCUGGAGGACUUAAUAAGUAAAAAUUAAAGAUCUGUGGUCAUUUUUUCACAUGUGUCCAAGGGGAGAUGAAGCACAUUGGAUUCUGCAUAAUUUUGCUUUGGAUAGCAAUUCUCUUCCUCCUUCCUGUUUCAAUUUAUAUGGCAGCCACGGACAAGACAGUUAAAGUGUGUCCUAUAAUGAGACCAGAUGGACAUCAGCGUAGACAUAUCUACAAAGAAAAUCUUGAUGUUUCAGGUUUUGAUCUAGCAGAAAGCUUUUCUCUGAGACAGGCAUCUUGUGGAGGUGAAAAAACCUGUUUUAAAGUGGGAAGCACACCUCUUAUCAGAGACACUCGGCAAGUAUUUCCAAAUGGGCUUCCUGAAGAAUACUCUUUAAUAGUCACAUUCCGUGUAAGACGAAACACCAGAAAGGAGCGGUGGCAUAUAUGGCAAAUUUUAAAUCAGUAUGACACCCCACAGGUGUCUGUCAUAGUUGAUGGUUCAAAAAAAGUUGUGGAAUAUAUAGCUAAAUCUGCUCAAGGAAAUGUGCUACACCACAUCUUUACAAAUCGUGAAAUUUAUCCUCUCUUUGAUCGGCAGUGGCAUAAGCUUGCCGUUAGCAUACAGUCAAGAAUCGUUUCCCUCUAUGUGGAUUGUAAUUUAAUUGAGAGAUGGCAGACUGAUCUAAAGAACUCCAUUGACUUUCAAGGAAGGACUUUCAUUGCUGCUCGAGCUGCAGAUGACAAGCCCGUAGAUAUUGAACUUCGCCGCAUAACAAUUUAUUGUAACCCAAAAUUUGCAGCUCAAGAGACCUGUUGUGAAAUAUCUGAGGGCAUGUGCCCACUGGAGGACAGUUUCAUUACUACUUCUUCGUCACCAGUGACUGUUCAUGUCAGCAAAAUACAAGCUCUUCCAGUAACACAGCAGGAGUCUAAAGACCAAUGCCUCUGCUUUCCAAACAAAGGUGAAGCAGGAUUGCCAGGAGUAGCUGGUUUGCCAGGUCAGAAAGGAGAUAAAGGUGAAAAGGGUGAAGUGGGUGUUAAAGGAGAAGAUGGUGCUUCUGGGCUUCCUGGGGAAAAGGGAGAACGUGGCUUUGAGGGUAAUAAAGGAGAAGAAGGUGAAAAGGGUGAGAAGGGAGAUAAAGGAGAACCAGGACCUGAAGGCAUUCAUGGAAAAGAUGGCUUAAAAGGUGAUCCUGGUGAUCGUGGUCUGGCUGGUCCUAAGGGAGAAAAGGGAGAUGAAGGGCCUCCAGGACAAGCUGCUUUAAGGGGUUUGCCAGGGCUAGAAGGUCCUCCAGGUCCACCAGGGAAAGAAGGUCAGAGGGGAAGGCGAGGUAAACCAGGACUCCCUGGUAAACCAGGAUCACAAGGACCUCCGGGUGAUAGAGGACAACUAGGAUUACCUGAGGCUGCUGGACAAAAAGGACAAAAGGGAGAAAUUGGAGAGUCUUCUGAAAAAGGAGAAAAGGGGGAUCCAGGGGAAACUGGAAUGAAAGGAUCACAAGGAAUUAAGGGUGAAAUAGGAGAUCGUGGUCCUCCUGGACUCACUGGAAAUCCAGGACCAGAGGGACUGCAAGGUCCUCCAGGACCCAUUGGACCCAGAGGACAUCCAGGAGAAGUCGGUUUACCGGGAGAGCCUGGAAUACCAGGAAAUCCAGGAAUUAAAGGAGAAAAGGGUGAUUCUGGUGGCCUUAUAGGACCUCCUGGACAUCUAGGUCCAAAAGGUGAGACAGGACCCCCUGGACCAAGUCUGCCUGGGAAACCAGGUCUGGCUGGCACUCCUGGAACCCCAGGUCCACGAGGGCCUAAGGGUGAAAGAGGACUGCCUGGCGUACAAGGGUCCCCUGGAGAGAUGGGGCCACUCGGAACAGGAAUUCAAGGACCCCCUGGUCCUAAAGGUCCAUUUGGGGAACCAGGUGCCCAGGGCCCUAGAGGACCCCCUGGAUUACCUGGAACUCCAGGUACCCCAGGUGUUGAUGGUGCUCCUGGGCCAGAUGGGAAGCCAGGACUUCCAGGUCCUCCAGGUGACCCAAUUGCACUUCCACUUUUGGGAGAUGUGGGUGCUUCAUUGAAGGGUGAUACUGGGCUGAGAGGUCCCCCAGGAAUCCCUGGUAGAGAAGGGCCAAAGGGAAGCAAAGGUGAACGUGGAUUUCCUGGACUUUCUGGAGAGAAAGGUGAUGAGGGUCUUCAAGGUAUUCCAGGGCUUCCUGGUCUAACAGGACCUAGUGGACCUUCUGGAACAAUAGGAAGACCUGGACAUCCCGGUCCAGUUGGAGCAAAAGGUGAAAAGGGUAAUGAGGGUUCUCCUGGAAAGCCUGGACCACCUGGACCUCCAGGUAUGCCUUACAAUGAAAGGAAUGGAAUGAGCAACUUAUAUAAACUACAGGGAGGUGUAAGCGUUGCUACUUAUCCUGGUCCACCAGGCCAUCCUGGUCCAAAAGGUGAUCCUGGCACUGUGGGAGAACCAGGUCCAAUGGGACUACCUGGACUAGAGGGAUUUCCAGGAGAAAAGGGAGAUCAGGGACCUGCCGGUUCACCAGGAGCACCAGGGUUACCAGGAAAGACUGGAUCUCCAGGACCACCAGGAAUGCCAGGGGAACCAGGUGAAAGAGGCCCUGUAGGAGACAUCGGCUUUCCUGGGCCAGAAGGGCAAUCUGGAAUACCAGGAAUAAAUGGAAAAGAUGGAUUGCCAGGAUCUCAGGGUCAAAUGGGAAGAGCAGGUGACAGAGGUCCCAAAGGAGAACGUGGAGAUCAAGGUAUUCCAGGGGACAGAGGUCCACAAGGUGAAAGAGGAAAACCUGGUCCUCCAGGAGAAAAGGGGGUUAUAGGACCUGCUGGACCACCAGGAGACAGAGGCUACCCAGGAUCACCAGGUCAUCACGGUUCCCCAGGUCCUCCAGGUCUUCCGGCUGACACAGUUUCAUUUGAAGAAAUGAAAAAAUACAUCAAACAAGAGGUUCUUAGGGUUUUUGAAGAGAGGAUGGCUCAGUUUGUAUCCCAACUGAAGCUGCCAGCUGCAAUGUUAGCUUCCCACGGUCAUGGGAAACCAGGUCCACCAGGAAAAGAUGGAUUACCAGGACCACCAGGAGAACCUGGACCUCAAGGUUACAGAGGACAGAAGGGGGAAAGAGGUGAGCCUGGUAUUGGACUCCCAGGUAAUCCUGGUCCACCUGGACCUUCAGCCACUGGUAUGCAAGGCCUGCCAGGCACUCCAGGAUCACCAGGUUCCCAGGGGCCUCCAGGGCUGAGCGGAAGGUGCAACCCAGCAGAUUGUUACUAUCAUGUAUCUCAGGCUCGACAGCGUGCCAGUGGAAAAUAAACACCCCUCCAGAGACACUUUGGUUCAUGUUUAUACCUUAUAUCUCUUUAUGAAUCAAUUUAAUCUUCAUAAUACUUAGUGCAUUUUGUCCAUAUAUAUACUCUACAAUAUAUAGAUAUUUUAUAGAGCACUGAGAUCGAGCCUUUUACUACAUUAAUUGCUGUGUCAGAGUUUUGAAAUGAUUUUGUGAGUUCAUUCCAUGUGUUAUAUUUUUACUGUUUCUCUGGUUUAGAGAGGCAACAGGCCCAAAUAGUUCUUAUGAGCUUUUCUCUUCAAACAAAAUUUAUUUUCUUACAACUUGAUGAUCUUAAGGCAGUACAGAUUUUUCAGUCUUGUUAAUACUGGUUUUAUUCAUCUUAUUACAGAAUGAAUUACCGUUGUAGAGUUUCUAAAUUCACAUGUUCACACUGAAGUUUAUCUUCUUAGAUAGGGUGCUGGGGAACUCUGUUCAUACGAAAUGUUACCAUUCACUUCAGAAAGUCAUGGCAUAGGUUUCCACACCCAGCUGACCAAUGCUUACGAAGCACACCCAGGACAUUCAAGCUUGCUUGAAUUGCUUCUGUGGAGCCAAAGGGGGAAAUGAAGAUUUUGUUAUGAUAUCCUCUCUACCCUUGUGCACCAUAUUGCUGGAUUCAGAUUGUCUGGAAAUUUAUCAUAUCUGGCCAAUAAAGGCAUUUUCUGUCAAUGAAUGAUAAUCCAGUUCAGAACUGUCUCAUUCACUUAACUUCAGGAGCAUAAAUCCAAGAUGGCCAGUUGCUGGGGUUUGGCUUUAUUUUUAGCUUGGAACUAAAUUAGUGAUGGCACAUCCUUCAACAAAUAGUUAUAAUCAUAUAAUACGUGGUCUCCUAGUUGUCUACACUCAAAUUGAUCUGGAAGGCAGGCAUACCAGGAUAUCGGUACAGGGACAGAUUAGAAUGCAAAAAAACUAGUUGGCUGGCACAAGAUGGCUUGGAAACAUGUGAAAUUCACUUUGGAAAGGCAUUAUGGAGCGUAACUGGAUACCGUUUACAAACGCUUUGUGUGACUCUUACCAUGGCAGACUCUAUCACUAGAAAAUAAAAUAGAAUGAAGUGAAAUGAAUCCUACAGACAUUUAAGAAGUGGACCAUUUAGCGAAUGGUCAACAACAAUGAAUAAAAUGUUCAGUCUUGCAGGGCUAAUGAAAAGAGGCUUUUUUCUCCCCAAGAUACCCUCUGGAUUAUAUGAAACAGAUGAAGCCAGAUCAUCUGAAUAUUAGCCUCAUUCAUUCCCUGGGAUAGAUGUAGGGUUUGACAAGUUUUAUAGUUUCAUAGAGUUUAAGACCAUCAGGGACCUUCAGAUCAUCUAAUCUCACUUGAAACUAUCAUGUGCUAGAAACUGAAAAUGCUGUUAGCAAAGCACAGAUAGCUGUAAUCAAGGACCACAAAGUAAAUUUGUGGGGAUGGUGGAAAAUAAAGCUCUAUUCUAUCAGCGGUUUGUUAGUGGUUCUCUUGGAUUCUGCUCAACUAAGUGGUUAUAUACAGUAUGAGCUACGGGAGACAAGAUUUCUUGAUCCACAACUAUCAGGAUUGUUGCCAAAUCUUGGACUUUCGGACUCCAAAAGAGACAUCCAGAAGAAUUUUUCUUUUUACUUUUGAAUGCAAAUUGGGCAUUAGAGAAGCUGAAGUGUGGAUGCCUUCAGAGAACCUACAGUGAAAAUGAAAUUUGGUUUGAAUAGAGUUCCUAUCAAGUAUAUCUAGAUUGAGACAGAUUGGGUUACUUUGUUCAGAUGCACCCAUGACUGUAUGGUUCAAAUUUUCUUCUGGCAUAAUUCCAGUAAAGUCAGUGAAUUUAUACCAGCAGAGAAAUUGGCCGUAUAUGUUUUCAGUUUGCUUACAUGAACUGCUGGUCAGGUAUAUUGCAUGUGUAUUUUUUAAGUUGAUUUAUUUGUACUUCUCUAGUGAUUCCAAAUCUUAUUUAAAAUAUUCAAAAUAUUUUUUAACUUUAAUUUUAAACUUCACUUCCUGUGUUAAUACCAAAAAAGGUAUUAGAAAAUGACAUGAUUAGAAUCUUUAUGAGCUUGUUUCCUUUCUAGAAUGCUAUACAAAACAGUGUAUAUAGAUAUAUUACUUUGUGUUAUCUGUAUAUUUUGGGCAUUUUCCUGACUGAACUACAACUCUGAAAGCUUGUAACUUACCUAGCCUGAUUUUAUAAAUGUUAAUUUACUUGAAUUUUAAAAAGAUUAAUUUUUCAUACACAUUUGCAACAGGUGCUUCCCCCACCCCCAUUUUUGACUCAUUAUUAGAGUUUUUAAAAUCUGUAUUUGAACAUUUUGAAGUUCUCCAUCAGUAACUGUGUUGGUAAUGAUUAAUUUAUUUCACACUGUCUUUUUGGUUAAUGAUUUUUCAUUUUGAUAUAGACCCAAUUUAAUUUCUCGUAAGAAAAAAGGCGCUUUGUAAUAUCAGAUACCUGUAUACCAUUUCCAAGAUGGUGAGCCACAAUCUGUGUUUGGACAGAAUGGCGUCAUUCUGGAUUAACUCUACUUUUAUAUUGAGUUAUUUCAGUUUUACACGAUUAGAACUGAAAGCAGAAUGUGGCCUGAAACAUGCUUCUCAUUUGGCAGGUUUUAUCUUUAAAAUUUUUUUUGCAGUUUCAGAUGAAUGUUUCCUUGAUUUACACCUGUUUUGAGGAUUUUGCUUUUCUUUUUCAAUUUCAUUUAUAUGUUUAACAAACGUGUGCUACAUGAAAUGUUGCCAAAUACAAGAGGAUUAACUUUCUGAGAGCUCGAGGUAUUUUUCUGAACUAGGAUUUUUUUUUAGCUAGAACUAUAUUUAGAGUUGAAAUAUG